GAAGCAUAAAAGAGAAUGGCGUUGACUUUUAUCAAAUCCAACAAAGGAGCGAAUUUAUUGGUGAUAGACUCAUUUAGUUAUAGGAGAGAAAAAGUAAUUGCUGGUAAAGAAAUAUGGAGAUGCUCUGCUUACACAAAAUGGAAAUGUAUGUCGCGAUGUCAUACAAAAGAUGGAAUAAUUACUAAAACACCUAAUGAUCACAACCAUGUUCCCGAUCAGUGUAAAAUCAGAGGAAGGAAGGUAAUUACUGACUUCAAAAAACGGCCAGCAACAAUGAUUGAAUCUACUUACAAAAUGCUACCAAAAUAUUUAAAAGAGUUAAAUUCAGCAGUUCAAGAAUACGGAGCUAAUGAUCUUAUCAUUGAGGGGAAGACAAAAGCCAUAUAUGCUCUUCCAGAGUAUUUAGAUGGUCAGUAUGUUAUUAUGAAAUCGCAUGACCAAAUAACAUGUGGAGAUGGAGCAAGAAAAGAUAUUCUUAUAGGUAAAGGUGCUUUAAGUAAUGCAACAAAUGCUGCUAUUUUUGAAUAUUUAAAUAAUGCAGGAGUUCGAACUCACUUCCAUCGUUCUGUUUCUGAAACAGAAUGUAUAGUGGAACGCUGUCAAAUGAUUCCUCUUGAAAUAGUUAGCAGAAGGUUAGCCACAGGUUCUUAUUUAAAACGAAAUCCAGGUGUUAAUGAAGGAUUCAGAUUUUCCACGCCUAAAAUGGAGUACUUUUUUAAAGAUGAUGCCAAUCAUGAUCCACAAUGGUCCUCAGACCAAAUUCUUGAAAAUAAACUUAUGAUUGGUGGGUUAACAAUCGGUCAAUUUGAACUAGAUGAAAUUACUUUAGUAGCAAAAACUUGUUUUGAAAUUUUAGAGAAAGCAUGGGCAUCCAGAAACUGUGUUCUUGUUGACAUGAAAGUAGAAUUUGGGGUUACAAUUAAAAAUAAAGAAAUAGUUUUAGCUGAUGUUAUUGACAAUGAUUCUUGGCGAAUUUGGCCUGCGGGAGAUAAAAGGCUAAUGAAAGAUAAACAAGUUUAUAGAAAUUUGUCAGUUGUAACUACAGAAGCCAUGAGUGAAAUUAGAAAAAAUUAUACAUGGGUUUCAAAUGAAGUAAAGUUAUUUACAUCAAAACCUUUUGCUAGAGUAGUAAUUAUUUUGGGUUCUUCUAGUGAUCUUCCACAUGCACACAAAAUAGAAGCAAAAUUAAAAACUCUUGGUGUAAACUGUGAGAUUCGAAUUAGUUCAGCACACAAAACAACAGAAAAAACAAUAGAUGUUAUUAGAUAUUAUGAAAGUGAUGGUGUGCCGACUGUCUUUAUUGCUGUAGCUGGUCGAAGCAAUGGUCUUGGUCCAGUUUUAUCUGGAAAUACCACUUACCCUGUUAUUAAUUGCCCACCUGUUGAUUAUAAAAGCUGGGGACCAGAAGAUAUCUGGUCAUCACUUCGUCUACCGUCAGGUUUAGGAUGUACAACAACAAUUGACCCAGAGGGAGCUGCUUUAAAUGCUGCCCAAAUAUUAGCCCUUACUGACCAUUGUAUCUGGAGUCGAAUACAUGCUUGCAGAUUAAACACAACUCUUUCCCUAAUGCGUGCUGAUAAAGAUCUUCUGAAAUUAUGAGGUCUUUAAAUGUUUUUCUAUUUUUAGUAACAUUCAAAGUUGUAUUUGUAUUUUGUUAAUAUGUAAAAUCUUAAAAUAUAAAUAAUACAAAAUAUUCAAAGUUUAUUUAUGUAGAUGAUUUAUACUUGAGCUUUUUUUCAGAAUAAAUUUUAAGGCAUUUCUGAAUAAUA